AUGGCUCAGGUGGAAAGCCAUCUUCAUCUUAAUGGUGAUUAUAAUAGGAGAGAUAAUAGGAAUGAAAUCAUGAAUUUAGCAGUCUGUGAUACCACUGACCACAGUGGAUUGUUUGAUGAAGUUCAGCACUAUUAUAAUGACAGCAAAACCAGCCUUACAAUUGUUGCAACUAAUACUGCUGCUGAUAAGAAAAGUGCACUGGUAAAAGUGCCUUGUACUGCCUUUCUCAUCUGGCUCUCGUUCCAAACUGUCAGAUUCCAGCGAGGGGAUUAUCAUAUUGAUGUCUGCAUCAAUGACUAUUUGGAUGUAUUCUGUCCUCAUUAUGAGGAUUCGGUGCCAGAAGAUAAGACUGAACGGUAUAUACUUUACAUGGUGAACUUUGAUGGCUACAGCUCCUGUGAUCAUACCUCCAAAGGAUUCAAGAGAUGGGAGUGCAACCGGCCUCAUUCUCCCAAUGGACCAUUGAAGUUCUCAGAAAAAUUCCAACUCUUCACUCCCUUCUCAUUAGGCUUUGAAUUCAGGCCAGGCCGGGAAUAUUUCUACAUCUAUGAUACGGUACAUGAAUCCGCUGAGCCAUCCCGUGGUGAGAAUGCAGCUCAGACCUUAAGGAUAUCCAGUCAGCCUUUUACAACUCUACUGUUCCUUCUAGCAAUGCUUUUGACGUUAUAGCACAUAUUCCAGCAAGCUGCCACAGUCAACUUAAGGAUCUUGGAACAUCAAAGAUCCACUUAACUGCUCAUCCCAGCAACGGGACUUUGUAUUGGUUUGAAGAUGUUGGUUUGUUCUCCUUCCCCCAUCUUCUCCCUUUCUCUCCUCUGCAACCUGAACUUUGAGCAAAAAUUGAAGAGGAAUAACUAGACCUCUUCCUACUCCCAAGCUUUUCCCUGGCUUUCCUUGAUCCCUUCUAAAAUAAAUGGACUCCAAAUGAAAACGCCAAAUUUCAAUAUUGACACUAGUGAUUCUUACGUUCCUCUGCAGCCUCUCUUUAAGAUACUGCCCAGUUAAUUCACUGGGUCAUCCGUAUGUGGAGAAGGAAGAAUAAUAGGAGAUGCAGUUAGUUGAAGAAUAAGGAAGUUAUUUGAAAAAAAAACCAAGAGAAGUUUUUUACUCUUUUCAAUAAAAUAUUUAUUUCUCCUUGUUCAGCACUGUAAGACGAUCAUGCAAUGCACUGUGUCACCAUGUCAGGACUGGAGGGAAGAUAUUAAGAAUAGAUAUAUCUCAGUGAACAGGCUCCUCAAAGAAAAGAGAUAUUAUUUGUAUGCAACUGCCUUGAAAGGUCCUUGACUGUAGAAGUUAUGCUCCAUAACAGAAACUCUGUCAUAGGGGAUAAAAAAGUGACUACUGACAUGCAAGGUCAGGUUUAGGAAACUAUGUCGGAGUGAUAGUGCCUCUGUUAUCACUCUAGGUGGAUAGUGCACACCAGAUUACUUUUGACUUAGAUAUCAUGGUGCUACAACAAUUUUUGUUCAAAUGCAAAAAGGCAUUUCUACACUUCUAAAAUAUCUUUUCUGUGUGAAUAAAGUGACCUUUCCCAAGGCUGGCUUAGUAGCCAGUAGCCUUGGAUCUAGCUCUGGAUGAUGAUACAUACCAUGUUGAUAACAUCUCAGGGUGGAGCAAACCUGGUGAGUGAUAUAGAAUCCUCAGUGUCAUGGAUAAUUCUGCCUCCUUGAAAGUUUGGCAACUCUUGGAGUAAAAUGCUGCCAGAAAGGAACCAGGACAUUUGUCAUAGAGGGUGGAGGGGAGUUCUGCAUGGGAAGAACAGAGAACAGGAAGAUUGCUUUGAACUGUGGGGUGAAAGUUGAGGGAUUGAUCUCAUCUCUCUUCUUUUCCAACACAGUUGAAAAUUAGUGUAAAUGUCUUCAUUGGCAGGAGAUAUAAACUAGACAGACUCCCAAAGACUUUUAACUAUUUUGUUGCUUUUAAAAAUCCACUAGAAUAGAAAAUACAUUAUCUAGAUAUACCUUAUGCUGAAAAUAAUUAUAUAUGCUUGUCCUAUUUAAAGAUGAUAAAAUGUGGUAAUUUGUGACAAGAUUAUGGGGUGCUGAUUGGUUGAAAUCGGGGAUGAAUCCUUAGGCAGCUGUGAUAUAGCCUCAUAAAAUAUUUACCAGGAAAUGCCUUCUUUAUAGUAUUCCAUUAACUUAGGCAGACCAAAUUUAGAUUUACUAAAUAAGAGAGAUCAUGAAAGCUACUUAGCAAACUUAGUUUUCUCUCAAAAUUAGUGGAAAAAAACUUUUUAAAAAAUGAGGUUAGGCUUCACUGAAUUUUCACAAGAUAGCAAAGAAAGAGUUUAAUACUAAAUCAUAAUGCAAAUGGACAACAUUUUGAAAAUGCCUUUUUGUAUUAUGAAAAGAAAGCAAUUUUUUUCUUUUAAAAAAGUUGCAGUAUUUCAGGAUUCAAAAAUAGCAUAAAUAAAAUGGUAAAUAUAAGGCACUCUGGGCUUGCCUGAUACCACAAAGUCUGGGCUGUAUUUGAAAGCACAGAGAUGUCUGAUAUAGCACACAAAUUUAAAAAAAUAGUUUCAUAAUCAACACAGAGGAAUGGCACUGCUUUCCUCAGAGUGCAAUCAAUCAGUCUCCUCUCUUCAAUGUGUAUUUUUGGUGCAUAUGUAGGAAGGGAUGACCUUGAAAAUAGUGAUCAAGGCAAAGACAAUGUUGCACAUGAAUUAAGAUCCUACAAGUGUAACCUACCAAUUGCAAAUAUGAGUCGCACUGUUUGUUGUCCUAACAAUGGCUAUAGCUAUUUUUUCAUCAUUUAUCUACCAAUAAUAAAAGGCUGGACUCACUUGCCUCAAUAGCACGCUUUCUAAACCACAGAUUGUCACCACAGUGAAUUCAAACUUUUGCUUUGCCACAGCGCCACUGCUAAUCUAAUGAAUAAAAGCAACACUGUAAUUACAGUUCAGAUGCUAAUUGCUACACUGCCUCAAAUGCAGAUUUGUCGGCAGUAGGUUUACAGGACCUUCGGAUAUUUGAUGGCAUCAGGCAAUCUUAUUAAGCAAGAAAUGGCCAUGUUCACAGGACAUAGUGAGACAUAAGACUUGAUUAGUAUAAAUACUUCUGAACAGCACCGAUACUAAACCAUCCAUUUGUAUGUUCCAUCUGAAAGCAAAUCAUAGCUCCUUAUCAACGAAAUUAGCCAUAAGCAAGCCAUAGUUUUAUUCUAUGGUAUGUGCAGGCCAUGAAUUGUAUCUCCUUGGAACUGAUAUUUAACAAGGUUUGCUGCUCAUGCAGGAACACUGAUGCUAACCAAGCCUUAUGGUGCAUUCAUGCAAAUGUGGCCAGUGCCUGAAAAUUUUUUAAUCUCUCCCACUUGGGUAUGUGUGUGUGUGCGUGUUGUCCUGACGUCUUCAAAAAGAUGCCAGUAUGUACGUUUAUAAUAGCCCCUGUUCUCAAGCAUGAAAUAUGAGAUACAACAUUUGGUCCCCCUCAAUUCAGACAGUCUGCCCUGUGCCAUCCAGUCCGAGUUUGCUGAGGGCUUUGCAAAAGGUAGCAGGGAAAUAAGGAUUGAUCUGUGUGGUGGAUACUGUGUAUCCUUUAAUAGACAACAAGGUAACAUUUUGUGUUAGUUUAGAAAUAUUGUUUUGUACUGUACUUUCUCAGCUGGCGAAGGAAAGACAAGUUAAGACAAAAAAAUGCUAUGUUCUUUAAAUUCUGUAUUAUUAGCAGCCUCUGUUGUACAUAGUGUUUGAUAAUAAAGUAUUAAUUUGA